AUGGGUCCGGUGGGCGCAAUGCCGCUGCUGUUGGUGCGGAACAUCGCGUCUGAUGUUGAGAGCGCACCAUCGACGUUUUCCAGUUGGGAUAAGUGUAUGCAAAAGGCUUAUUGCAAAUGGCCGGUCAUUGUUGGUAUAGUUGUCGGUGCAGCGAUUCUUAUUGCUAUAGCGUGGUGUCUGAUUAGCUGUAUAUGCUGUGGUGUUAAGUGUUGUACGGGAUGUCUGCGUUGCUGCAGUUGUUGUUGUCCAUCAGGGGGAGGAGGUGGAGGGGGAGGAGGAGGAAAGAGAUCGCAAUAUGCGGAUGAUCCUUCGUAUCAUCGACCUCCGCCGCCUCCAUCCCAGGGUUAUCAGGCACCGGCUGCGCCUACUUAUCGCGGUGCUCAAGCCGCUCCCAAUGUCGCUCAAUUCGCUACGUUUGAAACACCAUCCAAGAAAGUGGACGAUGAUGCAUUGCCUCCAAUGCCCAGCUGGGAGACUGCGCUGACGCGGAAGAUCGAGGACACCAGUCCUCAAGAGGAUGUUGAGAUGGACCAGCUCAGGCCGUCUACCCAACCAACUGAUAUGGUACAUGGUCCGGGACGACAGGUCCCAGGAGGAUAUAACCAGGUUCCCUCACACCCGACGUCGCCUCAGCCUGGGUAUCAUCCCCCGCAGCGAGCAAUGGAACAGGUCCAGCCAUAUCCGCCACAGCAAUAUCCCCAGCAGUCACGCUCUCCUGGGCCUGGCAGACCAUAUCCGCCGCAACAGUCGGGCUCUCCUGGACCUGGCAGGCCAUAUGGACCACCUCUGGAUACGAGCGUCGGCGUAGCAUAUCCACCGCAGCAAUCGCGCUCUCCUGGGCCUGGCAGGCCAUACGGAACACCUGUGGAUUCCUACAUCCCCCAGCCCGAGCUCAGAGGGGACGCGCCUUACCAGAAUCGGCGUCAGAGAGCUCCCAGUUUCCAUCGUCCACAACCAUAUGGACAGAAUAUGUCGCCAGUCUCGCCGCCCAGAGCGCAGCCUCCAUAUGGAGGAAUGCAGAGACGGCCAACAUAUGCAUCUGACACUGCGCCUCCAUCCUAUACUACUGAGCCACCACAGCAGGGCUUUGCUCCUGGUCCUGUUCCGCAUGCGUUCACUCCUGAGCAGCGUCAGCCAUCUCUCCCCGUUGUUCAACAGGCACCUUACCAGAAUACACCUUCUUAUGCAACUGAGCAGCCCCAGCGGCAGCCCACCUACGCAACAUAUCAACAACCCCAACAAGCCUACGCCGCAUACUCCCCACCUGCACCUUCAUCACCGCCCCCGAAUAUCGGAAUGGCCCAUUCAGAUGAAGAAUAUGACUCGGGCAGGCCCCCAAGUCUGCUCCAGGCGGGACCCAGACCUGGGGCCCAAACCCGCUAUUAA